UUCACGAGGAAGCGUCAGUGUUGUAUUUAAAGUGAGAAAGUUCAGCACAGUCGUUCGCAGGUCUCUUGCGGUAAAUUGUGUGAGAGGUUACGUAAAGACUUUGCCCGCAGCCGAAGAUGAUGGUCCUGCUCCCGCUACUUUUGGCAGUUUGGGUCAGCGUUCCGUACGGUGGCUGCUCGCUCUACCCGUCAUGCAUCGAACCUCCAGCAAAGUGGUGCUCCUCCAUAGACUCAGCUGUUCAGUGUGGGGUUUUGAAGCAGUGCCUUGAGUCUGACUUCUUGAGGACCCGUCAGACAGAAGAUCCAGUCCAGGUUGGCCUUUACUAUGAGAGUCUCUGUCCUGGCUGCAGACUGUUUCUCACUGAGAUGCUGUUUCCUACCUACCUGCUGCUGAACAAAAUCAUGUCUGUUACUCUAGUGCCCUAUGGAAAUGCACUGGAGAAGCCUGAUGGUCAGAAGUAUAUCUAUGAGUGCCAGCAUGGGAAACAAGAAUGUCUGGGGAACAUGGUGGAGACUUGUAUAAUGAACAUGACUGAGAUGGCCUUCCCAAUCAUCUUCUGCAUGGAAUCCUCUGUUGAUGUCAUCGGUUCAGCUGAAAGCUGUUUGAAAAUCUAUGCCCCUGAGCUGAGCAUGGACAAAGUAAUGAGCUGCGUUAAUGGAGACAUGGGAAUGCAGCUGAUGCAUCAGAAUGCCUUGAAGACCAAAGCAUUGAACCCUCCACACCAGUAUGUGCCCUGGGUGACCAUUAAUGGGGUACAUACAGAUGACCUGCAAACUAAGGCCAUGUCCUCUCUCUUCACUUUGGUCUGUUCCAUGUAUAAGGGCACAAAGCCUCCUGCCUGUGGAGGGACCCAGAAACUACACUACCAAAGUUACUGCCACAAUGAAUAAAGAAGCAGCACAGCUCAUACCUGUUCCAAGUGCGGCCUCUAAACCAAAGAACACUGAAAAAAAAAUUUUCCUGUUUCUUUUUGUCUCUAAAAAUUGAAGAUUUUGUGAACAAUUUUUUUUUUACAUGCACAAAUAAAGUUUCCUUUCGAAAAUA